UCACCCGGCCCCUCUCGCCCCCAGCGCCGCUCGCCCGAGGCCCAAGCGCUGCCGCAGCCUGAGCCGACCCCACCAUGGACACCGGAGUCAUCGAAGGGGGUCUCAAUGUCACACUCACCAUCCGGCUACUCAUGCACGGAAAGGAGGUGGGAAGCAUCAUUGGGAAGAAAGGGGAGUCCGUGAAGAAGAUGCGUGAGGAGAGCGGAGCUCGCAUCAACAUCUCGGAAGGGAACUGCCCCGAGCGGAUCAUCACCCUCGCGGGACCCACCAACGCCAUCUUCAAAGCUUUUGCGAUGAUCAUUGACAAACUGGAAGAGGACAUCAGCAGCUCCAUGACCAACAGCACAGCUGCCAGCCGGCCCCCGGUCACCCUCCGACUUGUGGUCCCUGCCAGCCAGUGCGGGUCCCUCAUUGGGAAGGGAGGCUGCAAGAUCAAGGAGAUCCGAGAGAGCACGGGGGCACAGGUCCAGGUGGCAGGGGACAUGCUGCCCAACUCGACCGAGCGAGCCAUCACCAUUGCUGGGAUCCCACAGUCCAUCAUCGAGUGCGUCAAACAGAUCUGCGUCGUCAUGCUUGAGUCUCCCCCGAAGGGUGUCACCAUCCCGUACCGACCCAAGCCAUCCAGCUCUCCCGUCAUCUUUGCAGGCGGCCAGGACAGGUACAGCAGCGGCAGUGCGAGCUACCCCCACACCGCCCCAUCCAUGUGCCUCAACUCUGACUUGGAGGGACCACCUCAGGAGGCCACCCGGCAGCCACUGCAUGGCAACGAACUUGGGCCAAUUCCAGCCUGGGCUGCAGUUCUUCCGGCCUAUACCAUUCAAGGACAGUAUGCCAUUCCACAGCCAGAUCUGACCAAGCUGCACCAGUUGGCAAUGCAACAGUCACACUUUCCAAUGUCUCAUGGCAACACUGGAUUCAGUGGCAUUGACUCCAGCUCUCCAGAGGUGAAAGGCUAUUGGGGUUUGGAUGCCUCUGCUCAAACCACCUCCCAUGAACUCACCAUUCCAAACGAUCUGAUUGGCUGCAUCAUCGGGCGUCAGGGCGCCAAGAUCAACGAGAUCCGCCAGAUGUCCGGGGCGCAGAUCAAGAUUGCCAACCCCGUGGAAGGAUCUACUGACCGGCAGGUGACCAUAACUGGAUCUGCAGCGAGCAUCAGCCUGGCCCAGUAUCUAAUUAAUGUCAGGCUCUCCUCGGAGACCGGGGGCAUGGGCAGCAGUUAGGGGGGCCCCGGACCCCCCCUCAGCCUCGCCAUCCAUCUGCGGCCCCUUUAGCACCGACCCAGGUUUUAACUAGUUUGUACAUUUUCGGUUCCUCCAGCCUCGCGCCACUCACCAGGUUCAGUUUGUUUCGUUUUUGUUCUGGUUUUUUUUUUUUUUUCGGGUUUUUUUGAAUUAAAAGAUAAAGGCAUUUUAAUUCCUUUCGUUCAGCUCUCUUAAAGAAAACUGCUGAACCCCAAAUCUUAGUUUUAUAAAGCUUCUCUCUCCUCUCCCCUCCCUUUCCCCGCACCUCCCUCCCUUUCUCCCCCCCCACCCCUCCUUUUUUCGGCUCAUGAAGUUUCUGUUUUUGUCAUAAAAUGUUAAGAGUGGAAAUAAAAAAAAAGGCAAAAAAAACCCAAACCCACAAAAAGAAAAAAAACACACAAAAAAAAAAAACAUUUCAGUUUAGUUCUGUAACGUCAGGAAAUUUUUCAAAAAAAAACUGAAUAAAAAGAUGGACUGGAGCUUUUCCUUGUGAAUAGAACCUGCAGGAUAUUUUGGUUAAUGGA